AUGAGAAAAAAAGAAGCAGAGUUUUUCUUCCCCGUCGACGGUGAGUGCUUCGGACGGAUCGCGGCGGUUAAUCUGUCUAUAUCGGAUGGUUCCAAAGCGACCACAUACGUGAGUAAAGUUAAGCGUGCAUAUGCUAUUUCGAGGAGGAUACUUGGAAACUGUAGCAAGUCUGAAAUAUGA